AUGGCUAUCAAUCAACAGGCCGCCUCUGAGAUUCACGCAGGUUCUGCAAUUCUGAGAGAUGUUCAACGUCCCAUCUCCAGCACGCAAUCACCAAUUUCAUUGGAGAAUUCUGCUGGUGGUCCUGCCAUUCAUGUGGAGACGAAUUUUCGAGUCAUGGAUGAACCUAACAACCCGUACUACCUCCACUAUGGCAAGAACACUGGUGCCCAACUCAUCUCUGUCGUCCUCUCUAAUGAAAAUUACUCCACUUGGAGCAGAGCAGUAACUAUGGCCUUAAGUGUUAAAAAUAAAGAAUGUUUCAUUGAUGGCUCAACUUCUAAGCCAGAUCCCAGCGAUCCAUUAUGUGUCCAAUGGAGAAGAUUGAAGGGACUCUGGGAAGAGUUGGCUCAUUACAGGCCACAACACCAUAAUCUCUAUCACUCUGAUGAUCAGGUAAUGCAAUUUCUGAUGGGAUUAGACGAUUCCUACACUGCUGUUAGAAGCCAAAUCCUUCUUAUGGAUCCAAUUCCCUCUCUGAAUCACAUCUUUGCCCUAGUUUCUCAAGAAGAAAAGCAAAGCAACAAUUUUAGACAAAGGAAGGAUAGGCCUAUCUGUAGUUAUUGUGGCCUCACUGGUCACAAAAGGGAUGAGUGCCACAAACUCAAUCGAUAUCCUCCAGGACAUCGUCUAUCUAAGAGGUUCCUUGAAAAUGCAUCAGCUCACCAAGUUACUGCAUCAAACAAUUCUGAAACUCUAAGCAGCCUCAGCAACAUUACUAUCACUCCUGAUCAAUGUCAACAGAUCAUUUCAACGCUGAGGCCUCAACUUGAAGCUUUCAUGCCUUUACCUAGCACUACUGCUACCAUUUCAAUUACCACUGGUUCCGUAAAUCAUGUUGGGGACUUGCAAGUCACAUCAACUCAAUCUCCAGCAAUGCCUUCAGCAUCAUCUUUCUCAACUACCAUUAAUGGGAAUGUCAAGUUGCCUAAUGGUCAUGUUGCAGCAGUUAUACAUAUAGGGACAGUUCAGCUUUUAAGUGAUCUUACUUUGACAAAUGACCUUUUAUCUUCAAAGACGAUUGGGAUAGGGAAAAUUGAUGGUGGCAUCUACCAUUUACAGCUUCAACCAUCUCGACAACAACAACAUCACACUUCGCUGUCCAAUAAAUCUGAACCUACUGCCAAUACUGCUUACAGUCAUUCCUUUGACCUUUGGCAUAGCAGAUUAGGUCAUGUUCCUAGCUUAGAAUCUCUAUUAUCAAUAAAACUGUAUCAGAACAAUAUCUUUGAACUGAUUCAUGUUGACAUAUGGGGACCUUUUCACUGUCCUUCUAUUGAUGGUUCCAAGUUCUUUGUUACUAUUGUAGAUGAUUAUACACCUAUAAGAUCAGACUUCUCUCCUUCUCCAGCUCUCACUUUAGAUUCUUCACCUACACACUCACCAACAUUAUCUCCAACGAAUUCUACAUUACCAUCACACUCUACUUCUCCUCAUCACUCCACUAACCUACCUCCACUUCAAGUUAGAAGAUCAGAAAAGAUUUAUAAACCACCUUCAUACCUUAAACAAUAUCACUGCAAUUUGGCCAUACACCAUGAUUCCCAACUCCAAUCUGAUUCCAAGAUGAUUGUUACACCUGGAACAGGUAAGCAAUAUGACAUUUCAGCAUAUAUUGGCUAUGACCAUUUGUCAGCUGCUCACAAGGCUUAUAUAUUGUCCAUAUCAUCCUCUUCUGAGCCUACAUCCUAUCAUCAAGCCUCCAAGUGUCCAAAUUGGUAUGCAGCAAUGGAUGCCGAGCUCCAAGCUUUGGUUGCUAACAAUACUUGGACUCUAACAACUUUACCCCCACACAAAACCCUUGUUGACUGUAAAUGGGUCUAUAAAAUUAAAUAUAAGGCAGAUAGCAGUUAA